AACCGAUGGUAAAUGUUUUGCCCAAUUUUUCUCUAAAACCCUAUCCAUUCUAUGCUACGCCCAAUCUCACAAAAAUCUUUUCUCCCUUCUUCUUCUUCGGCCGUCACAACCCACUCGCCUUCCUCCUCCUUCGACCUCUGUUCCCCGACCUCCGUUCUCCUCCUUUGUUCGUCGACUUCCUCCAUCUUCCUUUGUUCUCCGACCCCACUCCUAGCCGUCACCACCCACUCGCUCCGAAUUCAAAUCUGACGACCACCCAUCCUUCUUCUACAGGCUAGAUGUAAUGAAAUUCUAUGUAGGGGAGUUGGACUAUUUUCUGGUAUUACUGUGUUACUCUACCAUAUCUCUGUUGUGAAGACUAAGAUGCAGUUUUCUACAAAGGAUGCUGCAGAGAGAACGGCAUCUUCUGUUGUCAAAGGAUUGCUUAAGAAAGACGGUAUCCAUGGUUUGUAUAAAGGGUUUGCGACGGUCCUUACUGGAACAAUACCUGCCAGAAUCGUAUUUCUCACUUUCUUAGAGACCAUUAAGGAAGCUUCCUUCAAGAUGGUUAAACCGUUUGAACUAUCUGAAACUAUUAAGGCUGCCAUAGCGAAUGGCAUUGUAGGCAUGGCAUCGUCGCUUGUGUCACAAGCUGUGUAUACUCCAAUUGAUGUGAUUCGCCAAAAGUUGAUGGUGAAAGGAUGCUCAGGCCAUGCCCAGUAUAGUAGUGGUUUGGAUGUUGCUUGGAAGUUGAUAAGGUCUGAGGGCUUCAGGGGACUAUACAGAGGGUUUACCUUGUUAAUACAAAACCUGUUGGCCAUCAGAUAUACUUGUUGCCGCUAAUGAGUUUCUUCUUAGUUUUAUUUGUCCUCCCUCUUGGUGUGUUAUUUCCAUUUCCAUAUGGAAUCAGUGCUUUGUUUAGUCCAGGGCCUAGGCGACCAGCUGGCCUUGCUCGGCUAUAUGUUGUGUGGAAUCUGACCUCCGUAGUCAAUGUUGUAAGUUGUUCUAAACAUGAACUUGCUUCUAACUAGAGAGAAAGAAAAAGAAACAGUGAUCAUUUUUUAAUUGAGUUUUAUACCUAUAAAGAGUCAAAACAAGCAUUUAUAUAAUACUAUAUAAUAUAUGAGCACACACACGUACCAACUUAUAUCGAUUUUGACUGGAUAUAGAUUUUAUCAAUUAAUCCAAACACGUCUUUAUUUGUUUUGGAGGCUAUAGUGAAAAACAAAGUGCUUAAUAAGGAUUAGGUUGGAAGUGAUGAUAAACUUGGUGAAGUGUUCAUGUUGAGUUUGUCUUUGUCAAAGCAAAUUGCAAUUAAAAUAGGUGAAAGAAUCGUUUGAAAUUCAAUUAGUUAAGUAACUGAAAUAUAUAAAUAUUUAGCAAACAGAAUAGAUUGGAAGUCAAAACACGUCUCUAAGAAGAGAGGGUAAGUUCAUGCAGGUGAUUAAGAAUACUGUUUUGUUAAAUUUAUACCAAACAGAAUAUAGUAUAGUAUUUGACCUAGUGUCUAUACUAUAUUUAAGGUGUGACUCACUUGACUAGUAUAAGAGAAAGAAGGGAGGUUAUGUAAUAUGUAUUAAAUCUAAAACACAUGCUGAGAUAGGCAUGAUCUCAACUCAGAUUGUUCAUCUUCUCUCAUACAGAUUUUGAGAUAUGUAUAUACAUUAAUACAUUCUUACCACAAAUUUUAAUAUGAAUCAUAACCUAACUAGUUUAAAAAUAUUUUAAGUUUCAAUAAUAAAAUUCUCACCGUAUUUAGAUUUGACCUAAAUCAAUAUUAUAAAUUUGUAAAUAGAGAUUUGUUUUGAUUUAUAAAUAUAUGUUGCUAUUAUCUCUCAUAUUUUAGGUAUUUAAAGGUCUAGAGUUUGAAUUCACUGACACGGCCACCAUACAUUACAAGACACAACACUAUGUCAAUACUGAUAAUAAUUUGAUUUUAAAAAUAAUAGUUGAAUAUAACCAUGUGUCACUGUGGUGUUGGUGUCGGACACCACACAUGCCUUUUAUGUGAAGUAUCAUAUUUUUCAUUAUAUUAUUUUCUAUUUAAAGUGAUAUCAAAUAAGCUCGUUCACUAUCUCAGGCAUUUGUUUUAACCUUAACUGUGAAAUGGGUCUCUUG